AUUCCGACCCUGCCUGAACUGGAAAAAACGUUGGCAUUGAGGACUACGGAGAUUCGACACGUAAAGCAGUACCAAGCCAAGCUUUAUGCGCAGCUGGGCGAAGCGACCGCACAGAAUCGUGUGCUGAAGGAUGAGUUGGAAGAAUUGAGACUGGUCGAACGGAACACUGUCACCAUUGAU